CGCUGAGUAGAGGAAGGGGGAGGGUGCUGCUGUCGCUGCGGCCGCUUGUUUGUUGAUUACAAUUAUAAUGAUACUGUGAUGGGUUGGACCUUCCUGUCCCUUUCAAUGCGCUACCUGAUGUAUUGGGGUUUCACUGAGCCAGCCUGCUCCACUAGCCUGGGCUCCCUCUCCAUGUUUUUCUAAAUCAGGCUCUUCGGCCUCUGGUAGCACACAGACACAGGCUGCCAAUACCAUCACUUCAUCAAGAUGAGUAAUAGUCACCCACUCCGUCCUUACACAGCUGUGGGGGAAAUUGACCAUGUUCACAUUUUGUCAGAGAAUGUUGGCGCUCUGAUGAAUGGGGAGGAGUAUAGUGAUGUUACCUUUAUUGUAGAAAAGAAACGUUUUCCUGCACAUAGAGUGAUUCUGGCUGCUAGAUGCCAUUAUUUCAGAGCAUUAUUAUAUGGUGGAAUGAGAGAAUCUCAGCCUGAAGCAGAAAUCCCUCUUCAGGAUACCACUGCAGAAGCAUUUACAAUGCUGCUGAAAUAUAUCUACACAGGCCGUGCUACAUUAAGAGAUGAGAAGGAAGAGGUCCUCCUGGAUUUCCUGAGCCUGGCUCACAAAUAUGGAUUCCCAGAACUGGAGGAUUCCACCUCUGAGUAUCUUUGCACCAUACUUAAUAUUCAGAAUGUUUGUAUGACGUUCGAUGUUGCCAGUCUCUACUCACUCCCUAAAUUGACUUGUAUGUGCUGUAUGUUUAUGGAUAGAAAUGCUCAAGAGGUGCUCUCCAGUGAAGGCUUUCUGUCACUUUCUAAGGCUGCUCUUCUAAAUGUUGUGCUGAGGGAUUCAUUUGCAGCACCUGAAAAGGAUAUUUUCCAGGCGUUGAUGAACUGGUGUAAACAUAACCCCAAGGAGAAUCAUGCUGAAAUCAUGCAGGCAGUACGCUUACCCCUGAUGAGUCUGACAGAACUACUAAAUGUUGUAAGACCUUCUGGAUUGCUGUCGCCUGAUGCCAUUUUGGAUGCCAUUAAAGUUCGUUCUGAAAGUCGGGACAUGGACCUCAACUACCGGGGCAUGCUAAUACCAGGUGAGAACGUUGCAACUAUGAAAUAUGGAGCCCAGGUUGUAAAAGGGGAGCUGAAGUCUGCUUUGCUAGAUGGGGACACACAGAAUUACGACUUGGAUCAUGGUUUUUCCCGACACCCGAUUGAUGAUGACUGCCGUUCUGGCAUUGAAAUUAAACUAGGUCAGCCAUCUAUAAUCAACCACAUACGAAUACUACUCUGGGACAGAGAUAGCCGGUCUUAUUCCUACUACAUUGAGGUGUCCAUGGACGAGCUAGACUGGAUCCGCGUGAUCGAUCACUCUAAAUAUCUUUGUCGGUCCUGGCAGAAGCUGUAUUUUCCUGCCCGUGUUUGCAGGUACAUCCGAAUAGUUGGCACCCACAACACGGUGAACAAAGUUUUCCAUAUUGUGGCAUUUGAAUGCAUGUUUACCAACAAAACCUUCACUCUUGAGAAAGGUCUUAUAGUUCCCACUGAAAAUGUUGCAACAAUUGCAGACUGUGCCAGUGUGAUUGAGGGUGUAAGUCGAAGUCGCAAUGCCUUAUUGAAUGGAGAUACAAAGAAUUAUGACUGGGAUUCCGGGUACACGUGUCAUCAGCUUGGCAGUGGUGCUAUUGUGGUACAGCUGGCACAGCCAUUCAUGAUUGGAUCAAUACGAUUACUUCUCUGGGACUGUGAUGAUCGGAGCUAUAGUUACUACAUUGAGGUUUCCACUAAUCAGCAGCAAUGGACCAUGGUGGCUGAUCGAACAAAAGUUUCCUGCAAAUCUUGGCAAGCAAUAACUUUUGACAGACAACCUGCAUCCUUCAUCAGAAUAGUUGGAACUCACAACACAGCUAAUGAGGUGUUUCACUGUGUGCAUUUUGAGUGUCCAGCACAAAACAAUGCCCACAAGGAAGAGGGUAAUGAGGAAGUGGUGACAACAGAACUGGGCCCUGGCACGCAACAGAUUGUUUCUCGCCCAGUUCAAGCCUCAAGCACCAGUCCUCUGCACUCCCUCACUGGAUCCACCUCACGUACACAUGCUCACCAACCAUAAAGGAGAGUGGAACGGAGCUUUUGCAGUCUCCAUGAUGCUAUAUGAAAUUAUUUACCACCUUCUUGUACAGGCACCUUUUUUCUUGUUCUCUCAGUGAACAAAGUGGACCAUGCCUGGCAGCUGGAAAUGCUUAAAUGGAAAAGGCUUUCCAAGGACACAAAGGGACUGCUUCACUCUCUUCAAUUUGUUCAAAUCAGGCUGGUCUCCAGGGGGAUAAAAUAGGUCUUCAAUCUAUAUCAAGUCCCUCAUUAACACCCUACCUCUCUAAUCUAACCAAGGAAAGGAGAAUGGAAGGAAAUAAAAGGCAGAGUCACAUUGGAAUAAAAAAAUGGCAUAUGAACAGUAGACUGGAAGGAAUAUAAAUUAAUUAUUUGUUACCUGAAGGCACCUAUUAGGAAAUAGAAUGUUUAUCUUUAUGGCAUCACUAUGGAAAAUAGAUUGUUUUUAUUUUUUUAAAUUAUUCUUAAUCGAUAUUCCUUUGUAAAUUAUAAGCUGUUUUCUGAAUCAUUUUGACUGGGUGUCCGACUUUUCCCUUAUUUUCAGCUGUAGUACAUACAGUACAAUAGAUUAAGGAAGUAACAGGCAUGUAUAUCACCUAGUAAGACAAGGAAAAAACCCUCCUGAUAAAAACAAAUCAAUUUAUGGAUGCUGUAUUUAAUUCUGACAUUACUUGAAUUGUUGAGUUACAAAAUUGUCAUUUUUUAUCUAUGUUCCAAGUGGGAAAUUCGUAGUCAAGAUUCCAAUUUGACAAGCAGAUAACUAUCUGCUUAAUUGAAAGAUGAUUCUUCAAGUUUUACUUAAAUUUCUACAAAAAAAUUAUAAUUUGUCAAAAUUGUUGUUUGUGUUUAGAAAAGCAGAAUUACAGCUGACCACUGACAUGCUGCUGAUCAGACUAAGCAAUACAAAAAUGAGAAUUUGCAAUCAAAGAAUUUUUAAAGAAAAUAAUAGACUACAGUGUUCAACUAGGGAUUUAAAAGCCACUGAUAAGCUGUUCUCAUAAUCUUCAUGGAAAAAAAUUAAUUUAACUAUUGUGGUUUGAGCUGACUCUUCAUUGGUUCUUGCUUUAGUAACUUACAUCUCAGUGUUAACUCUCCUUUGUAACUUGAUCAGAUUAUCUGCUUUUUUCCUUAUUUUGAGCAUUUUUACAUUGUGAUCAUCCGGAUUCUCUAAUCUCCAGUCCACGUGACUUAGCAAAAGCUCCACAUCUCACUGAGCUUGCCAGUGUGGGAAGAAGAGGUUCUGUUUUUAUACACAUUAUUGAUGUCAUUUGGCAAAAAUAAUUAGGAAAGAUUGAUAUUUCUUCUGAAGUACCUGACCUUUGGAGCAUCUACUGUCCAAGUUUAUUGACCUGGAAUUUUUUUUUCUGUUGGUCUAACAUACCUUUGUCAGAGCAAAACAAGAUGACAAGUCAGAGUUAGUCAAGUCAAAUAUGAUUUUCCUCUGUUUGAACAUAAUGAUAUAAUGAGUUAUAUAUCAAUCUAUCACACUGCUUAACCUGAAAGACUUUCUUUCUGAAUACCAGUUGGGCUAAAAGCAUGAAGGAACAGAUAGCAUGAUGGCUAUAAAACAGCAGAGACUUGACAGAGAAGAAAAGAAACGCUUCCUCUUUCUGAUAUAUUUCCUGUAAAAUUGAAUAACUUUGGCAAUUUUAUCUUUUUUUCCUUAUCACCAGACCCAUCUUCAGUUUUUCUCAUGUUAGCCCUUGUAUUCCCUCCCCAAACCCUUUGCCUCCAUUGCCUGAAUCAAGAUGGUUGUCAUUGGAGAUGCAUGGACUUUACAUGAUGCAUUUGAUGAGGUGUCAUGGCUACCCCUCACAGUGCUUAGUAGAGGUUCUCUGCCUACAGAAUGUUGCUCAUGAACCAUCAGCUAGCACUGGCUGCUGAUUACCACGUUUGUUUAGCAACUCUUAGCAUAGUGGAAGUCAGACUAAGUAUUGGGUACAGAGCCCUUUGAUUAACUUCAAGUACACAGGUAGAAAAUUUUAGGCUAAACUUUUCUUUAAAAAGAAACAAACAAAAACCCCAUGACAAUUGUAAUCUUUGCUGGACCUUUUGUUUUGAGUUGCAUGGAGCCUGCCUUGUGUUUCUUGGGUUGAUCCUUCAGUGUCAGAGUUGGUGACAUUGGCAAGAGACUACAAAUAAAUUUACAACUAAUUUCACCAUUCUCAGACUGCAAAUAAACAAAUUACAUCAUUCUCCAGUUUUGUUAGCUCUAAUUGCCACCAUUGUAGGGAGUGUUGUAAGAUAAGAAUGAAAUAGAUCUGCCUCAACUGUCCCUGGGUUUAGACUCUGUCAGGCAAAAUGCAGGAUUUUGAAUGUAUACUUCCCAGACAUGGACAAUUAUUUUGUAGACUACAGCUGAGCCAAAAAAAAGACUCUUUAGAAGCCAUCAGUCUACACCUCUCCUGCCAUUCUCUUUGAUCUUGCCCUCUGAGACUUCAUAGAUCAAAGAUAUCUAUAUAGUCUAGAUUUCUUAUUACAUCUACUAGCCAUCCAGGCCUCUAUUCACCCCUGUUCUGGGACAUGAAGAAUUUGAAAGAUUAACUUAUAGCAGAGUACAUGUGAGAGAUUCUCAAAGCACAGAGCAACAGGACCUGUAGAACUUCAAAUAUCCAAGAAAAGUAUAUGUCAGCCACAGCUGAGGUAAAUUACCUUAUCCUUCCUCACAAACAAAUAGGAUUUUUUUAACAUUAUGAUUCCCAGUCACAUCAUGCCUCUUUCACACACCUGUUAGUUCCUUGUCUGACAAUUAUUUGUGCUUUGAACCUGUUUCUGAAGUAAGUCAUUGUGUCUGUGUUGGCACUGAAUUUUCAAACCUUGAUAAGCCAAAAUAGCCCCACUUUGCAUUUUGUGGUUUGACUCUUUUAGUCUUGUAUAACAAGAAUGUUAAUGCAUUGGGAGUUGUAUGUUAUUGACCAUCUUAUUUUUGUUCAGUCUUUAAAGACACAUAAAAUCUACUUAUUGCCCGGUAUGCUCUUCUACCAUAAACAUUUUCUUUCAAUAUAACGUGCCAGUGGUGAGGCAGGAGGAGAGCAUCACACAGAAUUAAUUUAUGUUUUGGUAUAAAUGUCCUCGGCUUUUUCCAGUUUUUUUUAUAUUUAGUUUUUAUAUAUAGUUUAGUUUUUCUUCAUUAUGAGAUUGCUGCUUAAUUGAAUUCUGGUUAUUCAUAUAUGAUUUUUGUCAACCCUGCUUUGAGUUUUUAGCUUGUUUCCUGAUGGAAAUAACUAAAAGCAUAGUUGAGCUGCUAAGAUGUACCAUUAAAAAGUGUGUCCCUUCAGGAUGAUGGGAUAUAUACAGUUACUCUGAACUAUACAGCAUACAUGUAUGUUUUAUCUGUGACUAAGAUAAAACAGGACUGACCAGAUUUUCUCUUGUCUCCUGUCAGACUAUAAGAGUUUUGUUAUUAUAUCUCUAUGCUAAUAGCAUUUGUUUAUAUUCUCAUUAUAGAGACAUUGUUUCUAUUUAGCACUUAAAUGGACUUUGACAUUAAAAAUGAUAAACUUCACCCUCAGAUUUUUCCUAUUCUUUUUCAUUUCCUCUGUUUUCUCCCAAUGCUAGCUUCGGUUUAGACUAGCGUCAAGCUCACGUCGUGCUCAGCAGAGUUACCUUUAAAGUUUUUCCUUUUUUAAUUAAGUGUCUCUUUCUUCCAAAUAUAUUAAAAACACUUUUAUUCCUGGAAACGUCUGGCAUCAAACCAAACCAUAUUUUCAGCAAGAGUAGGUUGUAUUUGUAAAACUGAUUUCUCAAGGAAAAUGAGUUUUUGAAUUGAGCAAAAAUUGCUCAGCUCUGUGUUCCAAACCAUUGUCAAGCAACCCUACAAACAAGCUCCUGAAAGAUCAGUUUAGACUUUCUUUAAUUUAAAAAGCAACAAAAACAUAAUUUUGUCUUUCUCUAGCAAAGGAAACUAGUGUACCACUGAAAUAAGCAUGUAUUUUUAUUUUUCCAUGGAGGGACAUUUGAUAAUGCAGAGGCACAGUUUCCCAUUUCAUGAGAUUUCAUUUAAGAAGUUCCUUUUGACAAUGAAGCAAUGUGGUAAAAAGCAAAGAAAAUUAAAUUUGUUUUCUUCCAGGAAUUUGAAGUGUGUACUUUUUAUUUUUAUGUUAACUUCUGCAAAAGUGACAUGUUCAGUUUGAACUAUAACAAAACAAGUGAAUCCAAGGCCGAUGUGAGACGUUUAGCAGAGAGGUGGAAUUAGCCUUUUUCAUGUAGAGGGAACUUGGUGCAUCAGUGCAGUUGGCUUCCUCUGGAGCUCCAUUUAUUUCUCUUUCUUUAGAAAUCAGUUCUGCAGGUUUGUCCUGACUACAACUCUCACUGGAGUUCAGUGCUUACUGGCGCUGUGUAAAAUUCUAAUGCAGUUAACGUAUCUUCACCUUAAUGUAUUUUGAUUAUUAUAACAUUAAAUUAGAGAAUUUUCUGUCUGAUAUCUGCCUUGAUAAGAUGUUAGGCUCUUCUGAUAGAGGAAGAAGGGGACAGGUCAUGAUUAAGGCACUACUUGACUUGUGGGAUGAUUGUCAUAUAAUUGUGGUUGAGUUGCAGACAAGACAUGGGAAAUUGCGGAAAGGUAAUAAUGGACCUAUAUUACUUGCAGUAAUUUGGAAAAUCUGCUCCCUCUAUUAUCCGUGCAUGGGAUUGACAGUGGAAGCUCUCACUGUCAGCCACCUGGCUAGUGGGUGGGGUUCCCACUGUCAGCAGUAGAUGGGACUGAGGGAUGGGGCUCCCACUGUCAGUCACUCUUUUGACGGCCGGGGCUCCUGCUGUUAGCCAUGCGUUGGGCUGAGGGCCAGGGCUCCCACUGUCAGCACCCAUCUGAUGGCCGGGUUCCACUCUUAGCCCCACACAUGGCUAGGCUCCUGCUGUCAGCUGCCAUAUUGACAGAAUUGCGGUGGAAGCCUAAUAUUGCAGAAUCCACAAUUCCUGCAAUAUUGCAAGUUAAGUAGGGCCUUAGUCAUGAUGUUGGUGAUUCAGUACUGUAGGUAUAUGAAACUGAUUUUUCAGGGUUUCUUCAACUGACAAAAUAUGAAGUUUUACUAUCUACAGAUCAUUUAACAACAUUAUGCAUAGCCAGAGUCAAUGAAGAGACUAGGAGGUAAAGUUACUAGAGUUUAUUAUUGCAUUGUUAGAUAGAGCUACUAGUUCUGUUUGACCAAAAUGUAUGGUAUGCCCACCCAAGAAUAUAGAAUGUGGAAUAAGAGACUAGACUAACUCAGUUAUUGAACUUUUCUGGCAAAUGGGAAUUUUAUAAUUAUUUUCCUUUUAGGAAAUAUUUGUUGUCUUUAUAUAAGUUUUGCAAGGUGCUCAGAUACCAUUGGGGUGAGUUUGGAAUACAUUUUUAUAAGAUAUAGUAGUGAUUGUGGUAGCCUUUGGGAAACAUUAAAGCCAAUAAAAACAACAAUCUUGUGCACGCAUGAAGUCAAAUUAGCUGCCAUGGUGCAAAAACAUAUUUUAGAAAUAUUAAUUUACAGGUUCCAGAGUCUAGGACCUGAUUACCCACUGCCUCCCAAUUGUGUAUCCGUUAAUGAUUUAUUUAAGCUACAGACUUGAUCUUGUAGGUUAAUUGAUUGCCUGCUCAUUUGAGUUAACUAAUAGAAUUGUAAAUGCAGUGGUGGUGUAGCCAUGGUAGUCCUGGGAUAUUAGAGACAAGAUGAGUGAGGUAAUAUCUUUUACUGGAGCAACUUCUGUUGGUGAAAGAGACAAGCUUUUGAGCUACACAGAGCUCUGCCUGAAGAAGAGUGCUGUGAAGCUUGAAAGCUUGUGUCUUUCACCAACAGAAGUUGGUCCAAUAAAAAAUAUUACCUCACUCACCUUGUCUAGGCAAGCUAGACGAGCAUUAAAAUUUUGUUAGUGAACUUGGGCUAAUAGGUAAAUUGAUGAAUGUGAGUUACAACAGGAUCAGGUACUCUGGUCUAGACAAGGCCUUGCACCUGUGCAAGUGGGUAUAAAAUGCUACUAUUGUGAUUUGAUAGCAUAUUGCACCCUUUUUAUGAUCACUUAAAACUGACGUACACAAGGUGUGAAACAAUGAACAUUCAGUCCCGGGGUGUUCAUGUUGUGCCCAGUUGAGCGAUGUUUGUAAUUUGGCUGUAAGUAACACGCAUAAAAUAGAGCAAAUUGCAUAUAUCCAUCUUCAAGACAAUAGUGCAGUCCACAGAGACUAUUGGUCCCACUUGGCUCCCUUGUAUGCUGUGACCUGUUGUCUCCCUGGAGUGAAUAUCCAUGUUAAAAAUUAGGGUGUUUGUGGAAGUGUGCAGGCUGUACUUUAGCCAGCUCUCCUACACAUGAUUUUUGUGAGUGCCAUUUGGAAGUCCACAAGCACUCAUUAGAAAGCUUUGACUAAUAUGAGUAGGAAUUGUUCCCACAUCUUACAGCAAAAUUGCGUCCUUUGUUUUAGAUUUAAAAUCCUUCAGUAGCAGUUUAAACUUUUGAAAUGGCCAUGUAGCUUAUCUUAGACAAAGGGAAUCCAAGAUGACAACUGUAAUACAUGGGAUUCUCAUGGGGGGAACUGAAAAUUCCUGCCAUUUUCCCAUAGGAUGGCUACAAUUUACAACUGAUGGAAGUUCAGUUACACAUCAUUUAUGUUCAGUUUCUCAUGCGUUUUAUUACUGUAACAUAUCUGAAUGGUAGCAGUAACUGAAUAACAAACCUUAUUCAGAGUAAUAAUACCCUGCUGGCAUUAGUCAUCAUUAGCGAAAUCAGAGAAUUAUCUCUUCCCCCACCUCCUCACUCCCAGUGUAAUAGAAUGAUAAUUAUAACUUUUUUCAGAGCAUUGAGCUGUAUCUCUUACACAAGUGUACUGGGAACUGCAGUUCAGACUGCAUCAGGUAAACCACUAAAAUCCUCAUAUAGGGAGUAAACAGGAGCCCCCCACUGUUACUACAGCCCUGAGCUGUAGUAGAGGCAAUGGAAGUGCUGUGGGACUGUGUUGUUGGUACAAUAUAUAAACUAACAAUGUAUCCCCAGAACUUUCACUAGAACUAUUUCCUUAUUGAUCAGCUCAGCCUAUCCAUUAUUUAUGUGCAACCCCAAUGAAUCAAACCCCAGUUAACAGAAGGUAAGCUUGUUUCCCAGGAUUUUCAGUGCUGUCCAGUGAGUCAUGAAAGCUUGCAGAAACAUCAGCAACACUUUAUGGUAGGUUUCUGUGAGGGUUCUGGGGCAUAUACAGAACUGACUUAAACAGCAUUUUGUUUGAUAGGAUAUUUAUCUGAAGGUGUCAAAUGUCUUCUGAACCUUUGGAUAAGUGGGGUUGUACUGUACUUAUUCAGGCUAGUGCCUACACCUUGAGGCCAUGUGCUAUGUAAUCUGACUCAAGAACAAUUAUUGCAGCUUCUCCCUAAACGAACACUAGUAAACUUACACCCCUAUAAGGAAAUACAGUAGUUUUUUUUCUUGGUAACAAUUUGAGACUAUGCAAAUACCUGUAGUCUCUGUGUGUUGCAGGUGAUUUAUGAUAAAUACCUAGCAUGUACAUACCUUUAGGUGUAUAGAUAGAUGAUAUAAAGAGUUCCCCUUCAAUUAAUGUUCUCCUUUUAUGAAAAUAUUUAGAUAUUGUACUUCCCUUGAAGUACAGUCAGCCACUAGAACUGUUAUCUGGCCCCUUCUACAUAUGUUUAUUGCUUUUUGUUUAAUUCAGCUGCUAAAUUCUUCACAGGAAUUUUUUAUAGGAAUUUGACACGUAGAAACUACACUUUCAAAGGAAUCACAAAUGGCUUCAUUAGUCAGGGGGCUCCUUCUGCUUUCUACCUUUCGGGACUAUGUGGUACAAGAGGAAAAUAUAGAUGUGACCUGGAAAAAAUAGGAUUAUUAUUAAAAGUGGGCGGAGAUGCAGCUUGGGUGCAAAGGGAGCUUCCAGUAACAAAGUAAAGCUAGAUGCUGGUAGGAGGACUGAGAAAUCCAAAACUUCAUAAUCUGAUACAGAGAGUUGAUAAGAUUCUGCUUUGACAUUUGUAUUUGUUCACUUAUAUUCAUUUUAUAACAAAGACUUUAUUAACGUUUCCUAAUUUGGGACUGUUGUACAGAUAAAAUGCAAUUUACAGGCAUUAGGAGGUAAAUAUUUUAAAUAUUGUGAAGAGAUGAUAUAUAACAAGAGUAUGGGGCUUAACCUAAUUAAGAGUCAAAGUAUACCAAUCUUAUAUUAGAAAGUGCUCUCAUAAUAAGCCAUCUGAUGAUGAGAUUGUAGUGUAGUUGCAGACAUGCACAUAUAUACUUUCUAUAGCUUAGAAAGUGUAUGUAGAUGUUUCAUAAGUCCAUGUCACCAGAAUCCUGAAAUUCAUUUCAAAGUCUGGUUUUUACAUAGACCCUCAUUCAUAUUCUUUUCUUUUAAUUUAAAGAACCUUAUAAUCUAGAUUUUGUUAUGGAAAGGACUGUAACAAAAGUGAACAUAAAGCCAGGAAGAAUAGACUGUAAGGAACAAUGCAGAAAUAGUUUCUAGGGAAAGGGUUCAAUGGGGAUGCCGCAGGCCUGCCAGCUCCUCUUUUUUUCUCUACUCACUCCUCCUGUUCUUUUUCUCCUUUCUUCAUCUAACCUAUAUUUUUCUGAAUGAUGAACUAAAGGGACUCUCUGCCUUUCACCUCUCUGUCCCAUACCAGAGUAAAGUAUACAAAUCUCAAUUCAUUAGAAUCCAAACUUUCAUUGUAAGUAAUAGAAAGCGGAGAAUUAUUAAUGUUCAAAGUUUUAGCCUAUCUGUCCAGGCACCAGGGAAGCACCAGCUUUACAGUCUACUUGCAUUGUGGCUCUGAUCCUGCACCACUGAAGUCAAUGAGGGGAUUGCCGUUGACUUCAAGGGGUGCAGGAUCAGGUUUUGUGUGGGAUUGUGUAGUUUACGUCAUGUACCAGCCCCAUCCUUUCUCCACUCUUGGAAUGCACCAGUGCAAUACACUGAUACAUUUAUUGUAUUGUGAGUAUAUUUUCAGUAAGCUGCAUUGGCAAAAGAAAAUAUCCAUUGAGCAUGUCUUGCGAGAGCAACAAAUACAAAGAAGAUAACAUAAUUGUCUUUAGAUUCAGACAUCCCAUUGACAACCCAGUCUGUUCCUGAGCAAUACAGUUUACCUAUACAUUUAGGGCCCAAUUUCUACUAACUUACUCUGAGAUUCUUGAGACACGAGGUUCUUGUAAUAUUUUGAGUUCCUCUCUCCUAUAUUGACUUCAUUAUUAUAAUUUUAAAUAGUUGGGUUUUCUUUCUGGGGUAAAUUUUAAUGCCCUUGUUUCAAAGCUCACGAAAGAAAUGUUAGGGCCAGGUUUAAUGCAUGUGGGGCCUGUUAUGAAUAUCUCCACUCAUCUGUCAAUGGUCCUCAUUCCUGAUGUGCAGCAGACUCUCUGGUCCCAUUCCUCCCUGGCAGAGACUGCCAGUUGUGCUAUAUAAUGGUGGUUUUGCGCAUUAACCAUCCUUUGCCAUCUUUCCCCCUUUACCAGCUUUCUUAAGAAUAGGCUUCCAUAGCUUGGUGCUAAACUACCUCACACCCUGUUGUGAACAGAGAUGCGCUGAAGCUAAACUACUUGCUCGGUGAUGGAGCUGUUGAGUGCUCUUAAAAUGCCCAUAUAGAUGUAACUAUACCAGCCUAACAUACAGUGAUUUCAUUUUUGGGAAUACUGCACCAGGGAAGCACCCGCUUUCAUAGUCUACUUGCAUUGUGGCUCUGAUCCUGCACCACUGAAGUCAAUGAGGGGAUUGCCGUUGACUGGAUGAGCUCAGAGCCACAGCCAUUCAGUACUUGUCCCUCAUUCCAAGUGGAACCUUUAAGGGCAUCGCUUCUGACAAUGGAACAUGCAAAGCAAAACACUUGCCAUAUCAAAUCUCCUCUCUCUGUUUGGAGGAACAUGAAAUUUUCUGCAAUGGGCUAUUGUAGCCCGUCUUUAACUGUAAAAUCUUUAUAAAAAUUGCUGCAUCAGCCCUUGAUGCCUGGCUGUGAGAAGGAGCUGUGCAAUUGUGGUGAUCCGUGCCGAUCAUGUAAGAAUAAUUCCAUCCACAGCAUGCUUUGAUGACCUUGGUGACACAUUUUAUACUGCAGUUUAUGUGCAUUGCUAACCAUUUUGACUAAUUAGAUUUGAGGUAGAGCCCCAAUCCCAGAUUGUACUGCAGUUAUGCAAUCAAUAACUUUGGGAAUUGUCUGGUCUUGUAAUUAGUGCAUCGAUCAAGGCAGCAAACUUCUUUAAUACUGAUUUACUUGCUACUUUGGGAACUCUUCACCAGCGGAUAUAUACAUUACCAAACAAACAUUCUGUAAUGUGGAAUUUUCUGUGAACAUUUACAUCCUUGUACUUUGUCUCCCAGAAAGUGUGUGUAUUAGUAAAGAAGGAUUUUAGAAUUGUAAAACUGGUAUAAGACAAUCCAAGCAUGCUCCAGAAUGUCUUGUAUUGAAAGAGGAUGAAAAAGCUGACUACCUGAGGAUUUUGGAGAGCUAGCUCUGGAUUUCUUUUCUUUUUUUUUUUUCUUUUUUUUUUUUAAGAGUUUCAAAGAGGAGCAAAACUCCUCAGAGUGAAUGCCAGACCAGACAAUGCGCAAAGUAAAUGUAAAGUUGAAACUGUUAUGCUUUGUAUUUAUUUCUUAGUUUGUUUCCUUUCAAAUAUAUAUGUUAAACAAA